AUGACCCUGCGACUCACCUCUGCCCCCGUAGCCGGAGUCAAGAAGCGUAAAUCUACCCCGAGAAGUCGUGAUUCCCCCUUUGCCGAUCAUGGGCGGCGCAAACCACACUCCCCGGCGGCGCACGCCGUAAAGGCCGCCGCCGAGAAACUGGGUGACGAGGAUCCGCUGCCUGACAAAGGGCGAUCGCAGUAUAUCUCCACGACGGCAGAGGUGCGCGAUGUGGUUGCGGCGAUUCGGUCCAUCCGGACGAGAAUGUUCGACGAGCUUCCUCAGCGGGCGGGGAUGAAUAGCACUCGCAUUGCGGAGGUGUUGAACCUGCGCCGGUCGCUGCCCCCACUGGCCUCGGUGGCACAUAUACACACGUUGCUCAACGCGCCAACGCAGGUGGAACGAGAGAUUGUCGAGCUGUUGCAGGCGGGUCGCAUUCGACGCUUGAUCAUCCCCGGUCGAGGUAACGACGCAGCAGGGCUGGGGGACUGUCUGGUCUUGGCUGAGGAGUGGGAGGAGUCGGUCCGGGAGAACUCCGCGUUGAGUGAUGAGUUGAAGGAGAAAUUCCUCAAUAUCCUUUCCCGCAUCGGAGCCUCGUCCGCGCUCUCCCAAAGUAUCUUCACCCCCGACGAGUAUCGAGUGCUCGUCCGAGCGGGCUUCUUAGUCUCUUCAUCCACUUAUACCCAAGCAUCGCUGAAUGUGACUUCUCUGCCAAAUCUCCCUCCGGCUGUCAUCUCGUCGGCCAGUCGGAAAGGUCCGGCCCUGGCGUCAGACAAUGACCGACCGGUUCAAACCGAUGCGCAGGCUCGUGCGGCGACUCUAUUCUUGUCCUUGCCCAACACGGGCACUUAUCUACGACUGUUGGGUGCAGGUCGGGCGCACUUGAUCGCCCUGCUGCGGCGCUCCCCAUGGAGUGAGGCACCCCUCGGCUUGUUGAAAGAUCGUUGGGACGGAGCAGUCGAGACGGAGAAGAGUUUCCAUUCGGCCAAACGCGCACGAGGGGAGUUUGCCGGUGUAUUGCCCGGUCGAACGAAGAAGUGGAAGGAUCUGUAUGGGAUGCAAUUUCGCUGGGCGCUGGAAGAAGCCCUGGGUGCAGGCCUAGUAGAGAUCUUUGAGACUGGCAGCGUGGGACCCGGCAUCCGAUGUCUGUAG